AGAGUGACUGCACAGCAGCACAUCCCGGUCAGCCAGUCCUCUUCUUCCUCUUCUCUCUCUCCCCCUCUCCCUCUCUCUCUCUCUCUAUUUCAUUCCCACCAGGAUGGAUCUACCCUCAUAGCACAAGUCUACUUCAGCAGUUGGCAAGUUGUUUCCUCUUUCAGAAGUGAAGCAGGAGCUGAAACACACGUUUCUCCUCCACCUCUAGAUCUGACAAGGAUUUGUUUUCCACCUCCGCGCAUCAGCCCCGGCUGUCUGGAGACCUACAGCGAUGACACCAACCGGGCUCCAUCCACGCGUUCUGCUCCUGCUCUGCUUCGUCUCCGGCACAGCGGGCAAUAUGUUUUCGUUCACCGAGGAGCCCUCUGACAGAGUCGGGAAGGCGGACGGCUACUGCAGUCGGAUAUUACGGGCUCAGGGCAAUCGGAAAGAGGACAACAACGAGUUUCGCCUGCGCGUUGAAGGAGACCCCGAGAGCUACCAGCCGGGGAGCACAUACGGAGUGACUGUGAGCGCAUCCAGCCCCUCCUACUUCAGAGGGUUCAUCCUUAUAGCCCUGAAGGAGGGCACAGUAGGAGACAGGGACGAGGACUACGUUGGAAAUUUCCAGAUAAUUGAUGAGGAGGAAACACAAUUCAUGACCAACUGCCCCCCUGCAGUGACAGAGAGCACUCCUCGCAGACGCACCAGCAUCCAGGUGUUUUGGACGGCUCCCUCGAGUGGCUCCGGCUGUGUCCUCCUCAAGGCCAGCAUUGUGCAGAAGAGGAUAAUCAACUUCCAGGAUGAAGGCCCACUAACCAAGCGGAUGUGUGUGAAAGAAUCCCAGUACGGAGAUUCCACAGAUAGACCUCUGCUCGACUGCUGUGCCUGCGGAACAGCAAAGUACAGAGUCACCUUCUUUGGGAACUGGUCGGAGAAGAUUCAUCCCAAAGACUAUCCCCGUCGUGCCAAUCACUGGUCAGCCAUAAUCGGUUCGUCCCACUCUAAGAAUUAUGUGCUGUGGGAGUACGGUGGCCUCGCCAGUGGUGGAGUUAAGCAGAUAGCUGAGCUGGGCUCCCCCGUCAAAAUGGAGGAGGAGAUCCGACAGAAGGGUGAUGAUGUCCUGACAGUCAUUAAAAUGAAAGCACAGUGGCCGGCCUGGCAACCCUUAAAUAUACGGGCCGCUCCUUCAGCUGAAUUCUCAGUGGACCGGACCCGUCACCUCAUGUCCUUCCUGACCAUGCUGGGGCCCAGUCCGGACUGGAAUGUGGGUCUGUCUGCUGAGGACCUUUGCACCAAGGAGUGUGGUUGGUCCCAGAAGGUGGUCCAGGACCUGAUCCCCUGGGAUGCAGGCACUGACAGUGGUGUGACAUAUGAGUCUCCCAACAAGCUCACUGUGCCUCCGAAUAAGAUCCGUCCGCUGACCAGUCUGGAUCAUCCACAGAGCCCGUUUUAUGAUCCUGAGGGGGGCGCUAUCACUCCUGUGGCCAGGGUGGUGAUCGAACGCAUUGCAAGAAAGGGUGAACAGUGCAACAUUGUGCCGGACAAUGUGGACGACAUUGUAGCAGAUAUUGCCCAGGAGGAGAAAGAGGAAGAUGAUACCCCUGAGACAUGCAUCUACUCCAACUGGUCUCCAUGGUCUGCCUGCAGCUCGGCUACUUGUGAAAAGGGCAAGCGGAUGAGGCAGAGGAUGCUGAAGGCCCAAUUGGACCUCAGUGUUUCCUGUCCACACACUCAGGAUUUUGAGCCUUGCAUGGGUCCUGGAUGCAGUGAUGAGGAUUCGUCCACCUGCAUGAUGUCCGAGUGGCUCAGCUGGUCCCCGUGCAGCUUGUCCUGCGGAAUGGGCACACAUUCCAGGGAGCGUUACGUCAAACAGUUUCCCGAUGACGGCUCACUCUGCACGCUGCCCACAGACGAAACUGACAACUGCGUGGUCAAUGAGGAAUGCUCUCCCAGCAGUUGCCUGGUCACAGAGUGGGGCGAGUGGGACGUCUGCAGUGCCACUUGUGGUCUCGGCAAGAAGAGGAGAGAGCGCAGGGUGAAGAUGCCUCCUCAAGAUGGUUCCAUCUGUGGGGCAGAGGUGCUCGAGGUGGAGAACUGCAUGAUGCCAGAAUGUCACACAAUCCCCUGCAUGCUGACUCCAUGGUCUGACUGGAGCGACUGCAGUGUGACGUGUGGCAAGGGGCUGAGGACGAGACUGCGCGUGCUCAAGUCCCCCGUGGAACUGGGCGAGUGCACGGAGGAUCUAGAACAGGUGGAGAAGUGCAUGCUGCCAGAGUGUCCCAUAGACUGCGUCAUGUCGGAGUGGACCGACUGGUCCGAGUGCAACAAGUCCUGUGGGAAGGGUCAUACCAUCCGCACACGCAUCUUGAAGCUGGAGCCACAGUUUGGAGGAGACUCGUGUCAGGAAACUAUCCAGAGGAAGAAGUGUAAGAUCAGGAAGUGCAGCCGAGGACAAGCUAACAGCGACGAGAAGAAGCAACGCAAGGAACAGCGUGAGAAGAGGAGGAGCAAACAGGGCCGAGUCGAGACCACCUCUGAUCAUCCAGGUUGUAAAAUGAGGCCGUGGUCGAGUUGGACAGAAUGCACCAAGCUGUGCGGCGGCGGUAUUCAGGAACGGCUCAUGACAGUGAAGCAGAGGUUUAAGACGGCCCAGCUGACCAGCUGCAAGGACAGGAAGGAGAUCAGGGCUUGUAACGUGCACCCCUGCUAGGAAGGAGUAGGGGAUCAGGGUUGGUGUGGACGGUGGGCCUGAUGUGGGGGGGGGCUGGCUACAGGGCGAGGCAUGGCACACCAUUAUACAAUGAUCCAAUGCACUUUGUUUAGGGCUGAAACUCACGUACUCCAAUCUGUAUCGGUUAAAUCCAGAGCUGAGAUAAGUCCUCGUCAAGAGAAAUGAGUUUAAAGAUCCCUCUGGGUUUUCACUCUGCUGAUUGUUCUGUGCUUUCAAAGGAGCUCUGAUACACAUACAACUCUUUUGCAAGAUUACUGUAAACUUGUUGUGGUAAAAUGAAUAUAUCUUGAACAAUAUGAUAAAGAACUAUAAAUUGAUUUAAUGAUAAUAUAAAGCGUGUUGUAUCCCUCAGUAGUACAGUAUUUUCCAGACUUUAAAGCACAGAUGCCCGACCAUUCCAGUGUUUUCUAUGCCUUCAAUCGUUCAGUUGUUUCUAGGACACAAAACGCCCAGUUGACUUUAUACCCAGCUAUACUGUUGUACAAGUACACUCACCGUGAUCAAAUUGUACGAUAUAUGAUUUCGAGCACUAUUAGUUCUUUUUUGAUUUUUUUCACGUGGAAUCUUUUGAUAAGAAUGUGCCCCAAGAUUCUUACCAAAGUCUCGUGUCGAUGUUUUAUAGAUGUCUUUUCUUCCUUUUCUUUAUCUCUGUUCCUCUAACAUAUUAAUAUUUUGGAAUAAUAUCACCUUUACAAUAAAAGUAAAUGUGACAACUUG